AAUCGAAACCUAACUGAGGAAUAAAAACCUUUCUAUUCCUUGUCCCCCAUUUUGCACUUGGAGCCCAGCAAACUUCCUGCACUUCAGCAAACCUGCCCAAAGUUUUGGACAAUGGCUUUUCCUCAGACUCCUUUUUACAAUCCAGUUAUCCCCUUCACUGGAUCCAUCCAUGGUGGUCUGCAGGAGGGGAAGUCCAUCAGUGUCAGUGGACGAGUCCUACCUGGAGCCGACAGGUUCCAUGUGAAUUUACAGUGUGGUACCAGGAGCAAUGCGGACAUUGCUCUCCAUUUUAACCCACGGUAUAGUUUCCCUGAUCAUGUGGUUACCAACAGCUUCCAGCAUGGCAAAUGGGGCACUGAAGAAAGGAAGCAAAGUUCCCCAUUUCCUGCUGGCUCUACCUUCAGCAUGGUCAUCACAGUCACCCGCGACGCCUAUCAGGUGAUGGUCAAUGGCAGCCACUUCAUGGAGUACAGACAUCGUUUACCAUUUCACCAGGUGGACACCAUCGCAAUCGGUGGAAAAGUAGAAGUUUCCUCCAUUGCUUUCCAGAGCCCAGUGGCAUUUCCUGCUCAGCCCGCCUUUCCUUCACAUGUGGCCUAUCCCAACCAGUCCGCCUACCCUCAAUGUCCAUUUCCAUCUCAGCCAGGGUUCCCCUCACAGCCAGGGUUCCCCUCACAGCCAGGGUUCCCCUCACAGCCAGGGUUCCCCUCAUACCCAGGGUUCCCCUCACAGCCAGGGUUCCCCUCGCAGCCUGGAUUUCCUCCUGCAAUGCCUGCAGUGCCAUAUAACAACAUGAUCCAUGGAGGACUGAAACCCGGCAGAACCAUCACUAUCCAGGGGAAUGUCCUCCCCAACGCAGAAAGGUUCAAUGUAAAUCUUAACUAUCAAUCUGGCAUUGCUCUACAUUACAAUCCACGUUUCAAUGAGAACGUUGUGGUUCGAAACACCAAGCAGAUGCAGCAGUGGGGCUCUGAGGAGCGUGAUGGAGGGAUGCCCUUCCGCAGAGGACAAGCUUUCACGUUGACCAUCUCUUGUGAAAACCACUCCUUCAGAAUUGUUGUGAAUGGGAUGCAGACUCACACAUACAGACACCGUAUCACUCCCCUCAAACACAUUACAGGCCUGGAGAUCAACGGUGACAUCACUCUGACCUCUGUGCAAGUGUAGAGAUCACACACCAGGGUUAGCCUGAACACCACUGCCACAAAAAUGAAGCCAUGCUAGCUGAUUACAUUUACUUCCUGUGUAUUCAUACUACAGUAACCCUAAUUUUUAUAUCAAUAUAUUCUAUACAUGUCCAGAAAACAGGAUCAUAUCAAGUAAAUUCAUACAUUAAGUUCAGUCUGGAUGAACUCAGUAGUCUGGGGAUUUGUACAUGUUUUGUGCAAUGUGGGUAAACAUCACUUUUGCCUCUUAAUUGUAUAAUGUGUAAUGCUUUUGACAAACUGAAAUAAAAAUAUACAAUAUGUUU